GAAGCCAUUUCUGUUUGUUUCGAGGGAUGGGAAGAGAGUCCUUGUGGCCAGUCAGACUGGUGUAGUGUUCCUUUGGGAAAGUAUGGAAGAGCAAGACUUGACCUCUGUACCGGAGACUCGGCUCAGCGGCACCUGGGCUCAGGUGAUGGUUGAUGAGAAAGUCAAACUUCCCCAAGCUGACGAUAAGGAGAGCACAGUCCAUGCUGUCUUUCACACUGAUGAGGUGCUGGGGGAUUGCUGCUUCUGUUCCUUUGUCUUUACAUCUGGAGAGGUCCUGGUGCUGACCACACUGAGAAUGAAAUGGUUUGAACAAGUGGAGAAGUGCAUGAGUGCCGUCCCAUUCCGCGCCCAGUGGGUAACACAAACACAUUCACUCGGAGCUUUGAGCCCAGUCUGUAAUGGAUUGAAAUCAAGAGGAGCACUGUUAGCAGCUUUCUCCAGGGACAGCCUGCUUCUUGCAGUCGUCAUCAAUCAGAAUGAUCCCAAGGCCACCCAGGUGCUGUUUGUGAACCCACUGAAUGAUGUGACAGUAUCUAGCAGUCUGCGAGGCUGUGGCAGCAAAGGGCAGCCUGUGCCAGUCAGGUUUCUCAGAUCUUAUUGGGUUGGUGCGGUGAGCUGGACACAUGAUGGCCUCUUCCUGGCAUGUAUGCUGAAACGUGGGGCCUUGCUGUUACUGUCCCGGCUCGGCGAGCUGCUAUCCAUCACCACAUUUGGCUGCUCCGUGGAGUUUGGGCCAGCAGAGUACAUCCCACUCCAUCCCUUAAUCACCUACAGACCACCUCAGUCCCUGCUUCUGAGCGUCAAACAUACAGGUUCUGAUGGCUCUCCCACCUCUGAAGAUGACCUAAUGAGUCAGUGGUUUUCCCUGGCAGCCCACCCUCGUUUACCCUACCUCAUUGUAUCUGAUGGUUACAUGUUUACCCUGCUGCGUUUUGCAGCGAAUUAUUCUGCAUCGUCUGUUUUAAAGACCCUUCUUCUGGAGGUGACUCAAGAUCUGAAUGAUGUGCGACACUCACUAAUGAACUCUGAGCGUAACGAUGUGAAGCACUGUUUACAGCCCAUGUCAUCCCUAAAAGGAAGUUUUCUGCAGGAAUGGGAAAUGCAAGAGCCUGGAUCAUGGAUGUCCCCCUCAUUCUUACAGGAUGAGACACCAACAAGUGGUCAGCGACCUCCUUUUGGCAUCACAACAGUGCUGGCUCUAUUCCAGAGUGCCCUGGAAUCAAACUUUGAGUGGAUUGCCAAGUAUCCAGUGUAA